GUGCCACUUACCCGACCGCGCUCAGCUGAGCCGUAUUAUUUCACGACCAAGCUCAAUCACCCAAAUUGCUCAGCUCCCCGACAAUCAUCUUUUGCAGACCAGCUUACCCUCUCCAGAGAUAGCUAAGGACCACAGCCGAGACCGCUAAUGCGUCUAGACCAAUGCCCGUGAUGGGCGUGGAGAGUCUCCAGAACCUGACGGCCGGCUUUGCUCGGGAUAUUACGGGGCCGUGGCGCUCUAGGUAGAGCUGGACUCUCGUGAUCGCGAUCUGCCUCCAUAAAAACAGGCUCUGAAUACCACUCUGCCUCCAUCCACAACCUACUUCAACCGAGUGUCGCUCAGUACAACACCCCCACUCAAGACAAAACCACCACCUCGACUCUCAUGUUUAAUCUGAUCAUUGCACGCCGUAAUACGCUUCUCGCGUGGGCUUCGAUAGAAGCCGGGUUUGCUAUUUAUGUCUGGAACGCAUACCGAACACCAUCUGCGACAAUGAUAUCUGCGUCCCGCACAAGAGCGGGACUGAAAGCCUAGUCUACACGUUAAUCACCAUCUUCAAGAUGUAUACCUGACACUUUGCUGAAUGUAACAUACUUGCC